CAACAGUUUAUAAGUCCUUGAUUGAAAACACAAAAAGAAUGAGGAAGAAAAUGAACUUCCAUAAUAAUGAAGCCGCGCGGUAUCUAGCAUCCUAUAUGGCCCCACACGUUACUUUGAGAAUGGUCCACCAACUCAUUCCUCUUAUUUUUCUCUCUGCUUUCAGUCUUCCCUUGCUGUCUUCCCUAAUCAAACUGCCUUUUGCAGUCUAAGUAAAACAACUUCCCUCAUUCUCUCUCUUCUUCACCAUCAUCUAACCCCCAUCUUCUUCUCCUUGAUCUUGUCCAAACUCUGUCUCCCAAUCCAUUCUCAUUGAAAACAGUUUAAGAAUUCUUGAGUGUGUCCUAAGACUAGAGUCUGUUCUUAUUUUCUGUAAAUAAAUAGCAAGAAAAACAGAGCUUUAUUAAUGGCGGCCAACAAGUUUGCCACCAUGUUGCAUAGGAACACUAACAGGAUCACUCUUGUUCUUGUUUACGCAAUGCUCGAAUGGGUUUUGAUUUUUCUCCUUCUCGUCAACUCUCUUUUUUCCUACCUCAUCAUCAAGUUUGCUGAUUACUUCGGCCUUAAACGCCCCUGCAUCUGGUGUUCGAGGCUUGAUCAUCUCUUGGAUCCCAAGAAGGAGAAGAAUUAUUACAGAGAUCUUGUUUGUGAAGCUCAUGCGGCUGAGAUUUCUAGAUUGCGGUAUUGUUCCAAUCAUCGGAAACUUGCUGAAUCUGAAGACAUGUGUGAGGAUUGCUCGUCCUCAUCCCAAGAGUGUUCAAAGAAUUUUGCUUUCUUUCCAUGGAUGAAGCAGUUUGGUUUGGUUCAAGAUGGUGAUGUGGGUUUCAACUGUUCUUGUUGUGGGGAGAUCUUGGAGAGUAAACUGUACUCUCCUUAUCUCCUGAUUAAGCCUUCUUGGGGGCUUUUGGAUUAUACCCAGAAAGAGAAUUUGAUCGAAGAAGCAGGAACUGAUAUAAUUGAGGAAGGAGAUCAUUCCGAACCGAGGAGAUCGGAUUUUGUAGGGGAUGAUGUUGAAUCUGAACAGGGAACUGAAGAAAACAGGGGAAUUCAGAUUGGUCCUGAUGAGGAAAGUGAUGAUGAAAGAAGGGAGUUGAAGGUAGAUGAGGAAUUUUCAUGUUUCAUUUCUAGUUUUGAUUGCAAGCCGAGGACAGUUGAUCUUGAUGAAGUUUUUGCCACGGAGAAAGAUCAAGAAUCAGUGCAAGCUGAUGACUUGAAUCCGUCAGUGGAUGGUCCAUCUAAUCAUCAUCAGGAGGUGGCUAAUGAUGAAUCCUCCGGAAUUCCACCGAAGCAUCUAGAGUUCUACAUUGAUCAGGAUGAUUGUCAUCUGAUUCCAGUUGAGUUGAUGGAUUCAGCGACAGCAGAAAAUCAAAGAGAGUACAAGUUUAGGGAGGAAGAUCAUGGGGUUUCUGGCAAUGGAGAUGUUAUUUUGGAUUUUGAAUUAAGUUCCGAGGCACUAGUUGAAUUGGCUGUGGAGGAGAGGUGUGAUUCAGGAGAGAAAGUGGUACUACCUUCUGUUGGCUCCUCUCAGAUUAAGGAUAAAUCCAGUUUUGCAGCAGUUGAAUCAAAGGACUUGGAUGAGGAAGAAAGCUUGUUAGUACAUGAAGAAAAGGCGGAUGUUAUUUUGGAUUUUGAAUUAAGUUUUGCGGCACCAGUUGAAUUAGUUGUGGAGAAGAGGUGUGAUUCAGGGGAGGAAAUGGUGUUACCUUCUGUCAGCUCCUCUCAGAUUAAGGAUGAAUCCAGUUUUUCAGCAGUUGAAUCAGAGGACUUGGAUGAGGAAGAAAGCUUGUUAGUACAUGAAGAAAAGGCACAUUUGGUAGAGGAGGAGAAUGAACAAGUUGCUAUUACUCAAGCAACUAAGCCGCUACCCAUUGAUGCUGAUGAUGUUCUACAAACUGCAGUAACAGAAGGGGAAAUGGAUUCAGAUGUCAGGCAAGUUUCUGAUGAGCAAAAUGAUGAAAUUGAAGCCGAGGUUUCUAUAGGCACAGAGAUUCCUGAUCAUGAACCGAUUGAUGAUAUUCAACCCCAGGAAGUUCUUCCUUCAUCUCAAUCCAUUCAAGAAUAUCCUGCCAAUGAUUCUGCUCGGUUUCAUGUAGAUGACAAUGAUAAUGGUGGUUCCAAGGUUGAUGAGGAAGAAAUUAUACAAUUCAAGUCUAUAACAGUUGAGACAAGUGACCAAACUAUAAGCACUCAUCCAUCGUUGUGUUUAGAGUUUAAUGAGAUUGAAGAAGAUAAAGCUCCGGAUACACCAACUUCCAUAGAUAGUCUUCAUCACUUGCACAAGAAGUUGCUCUUGCUCGAGAGAAAAGAAUCGGGUACAGAAGAAUCUUUGGAUGUAAGUAUUAUCAGUGACAUUGAAGGAGGGGAUGGAGUAUUGACCUUUGAGAAGUUGAAGUCAGCAUUGAAAGCUGAAAGGAAGGCUUUGCAUACUUUGUAUGCAGAAUUGGAAGAAGAGAGAAAUGCCUCUGCAGUAGCGACAAACCAUACAAUGGCAAUGAUAAAUAGGCUUCAAGAAGAGAAGGCGGCGAUGCAGAUGGAAGCUUUGCAAUAUCAGAGAAUGAUGGACGAACAAUCUGAGUAUGACCAGGAAGCUUUGCAGCUUUUGAAUGAGCUUAUGAUAAAGAGAGAAAAGGAGAAGGCUGAGCUGGAAAAGGAGCUGGAAAUAUAUAGGAAGAAGGUGCAGGAUUAUGAGGCUAGACAGAAAAUGAUGAUGCUGAGAAGAAGGAGAGAUGAUAGCACCAGAAGUGCGACUUCUUCUGCUUCCUGUAGCAAUGCUGAAGACAGUGAUGGAGUAUCUGUUGAUUUGAAUCAAGAUCCAAAGGACGAAGGUAACUAUGAUAAUAUACCUCAAGAGGGUAGCAACCAGAAUACCCCAGAAGAAACAGUUUUGUAUUUGGAGGAAUCAUUGGCUGACUUUGAGGAAGAAAGGCUAUCCAUUCUAGAGCAGCUCAAAGUUUUGGAAGAGAAAUUGGUUGUAUUGAAUGACGAAGAGGAAAGGCAAUUUGAGGAACAUGUUCAGCAUUUGCAUGAAGAGAAUGGUAAUGGCUACACCAAGAAUUCUGAUUUUGGCAGUGAAGUAAAUGGAGUUGCAAAUGGUCAUUUCAAUGGAAACGGAAAACACCAUCAAGAGAUGAAAAUCACAGGUCCUAAGGCCAAGAGACUUCUCCCCCUUUUUGAUGCAGCUGAUGCAGAAAUUGAAGACUGGGUAUCAAAUGGGCAUGCAAAUGGAUUUGACCCCUUUUCCUAUCAAAAUUCCUCAGCAGCCAGCUUUGAACGAGAGAACAAGAAGCUUGCUAUUGAGGAAGAGGUGGAUCAUGUUUAUGACAGGCUACAAGCACUUGAGGCAGACAGGGAGUUUCUAAAACACUGCAUUAGUUCCUUGAGGAAAGGAGAUAAAGGACUUUAUCUUCUCCAGGAGAUUCUACAACAUCUUCGUGACUUGAGGAGCGUGGAAUCUCGUGUAAGGACUAUGGGAGAUGCUGCUAUAUAGUUACAUCCUGCAGAAUUACACUCAAAAUGCUAAUAGGUAACCAUUUUUUUUCAUAGGGUCACAUAUUUUCCUACACAGUUCCAAUGUUGACUCUUAAAGUCAUUUCUUUUCUUGAUUAUUUGCAGAAUGCACAACCGGGGUUUAAUUAACCUCUUCGAGUGGAGGAUUAAAGCAGCCUAACUUGGGUUGUGCUCGAAGAUACACAUUCCAACACAGUUCUGCAUUUUCAGAAAAUUUUCUCAUGAGUCCAGAGAGUCCCUCGCAGGAUAGGGAGACUCCUGCUAUGAUCUGUCUGGAGAUCUUGGACGACAGAAGAGAAAAAAUGGGAAAUCUACCAUUUUCCCUUUGUCAUUUUUCCAGGUCUUGGUGUCCAAGUAAACCCAACAUUUUUUGGGUGGGGUUUAGCUCACCUCGUCACUUCCUAGGGAAAAAGGAGGAUUGGGUGAGUGUAUGUAUGUGUGUGUAGGCUAGUGAGGAAAAAGCCAAGCUAUCAUUUUGUAUGUUGUGAGAAAGGUGCCUGGCUUGUAAAGCUGGAGUGAUUUAACAAAUAUUCCAGUGCCAGGGUGCAUAGCAUUAGUUUAUUUAGAACAGUAAAACUUAGGACACUUUUUGGUCAUUUUUUAAAUCUUUUAAGGAUAAAGGUAAAAGAAGGGGUAAGUAACCCCUCCUUUUUCUUUUCAUCUUUGCAUCAUUUCAGUCAUAUGGGGUCUGUUUAUUUUAUUUUUAGGAGCAAAGUUGAGUUAUCUGUACACUACAUGUACCCAGUUGUAAGUAUAUAUGUGAAAAAGCGAGUGUUUGUUCAUAUUGUUUUGGAUGUGUUUUCUUAGCAUUGUAUUUUUUUCCUUGUUUUGGAGUCCAAGGCAGAGGUAGAUGCAAUAAAGUAUUUGAAAUGCA